AUGAAAGGUGAUAAGUGUUCUGGAGGAAAACACAGCAAAGUUAGACUUACUGGUUUAGCUGCUGGUAAUGCCUUGGGGGAACGAUUACCAAUGUUUGUAAUCGGCAAGUCCGCCAACCCUCGUUGCUUUAAAGGUGUCAAAACACUACCCUGUCGAUACCGUUCGCAAAAGAAUAGUUGGAUGUCUGGAGAACUGUUCGAAGAGUGGGUACGCGAGCUUGAUCGAAAAUUCUCUGUCUCUAAGCAAAAAAUUGCUUUGAUUAUUGACAAUUGUACCGCACAUCCUCAUGUUGAAAACCUGGAAUGGGUAGAAUUGAUCUUUCUUCCUCCAAAUACCACGUCCCGAACCCAACCUAUGGACCAAGGAAUUAUCCGCGCCCUGAAAGCAAAAUAUCGAUCGCUAGCAGUGGGGAAAUUGAUAAAAGCCUUGGACGAGGAAAAAUCGACUCCGAAGUUCUCGAUUCUUGCAGCUAUGUACAUGCUAAGGAAAGCAUGGGAUGAUGUUUCCAACAAAACAUUCACCAAUUGCUUUCGAAAAUCAGGAAUUUCCCAAAAGGAUGCAGAAAGAGCGAUCAACGAAGAUGACGACCCUUUUAAAAGUUUAACCAGCGAAGUAGAAGAAGACCCAAUUCCAACCCUCGAUGCUGAACUCUCUUACAUAAAACGAAGGUUUCCUGACCACAUUGAUCCUGACUUAUCAACUGAAGAUUUCAUUGAUUUUCACAUUGAAGUCAGUACAUCCCAUGGGCGUCUGAAGACUGCUGACAUCAUUGCUGAGAUAACUGGGACUCAAGACGAAGAAUUAGAAGAGGUCGACGAAGAAGACAAGGAGGAAAAAGAUAAGAUCACAAGACCGACGGCCGAGCAAGUGCGUACAGCUAUCAACGUCCUCGAAGACUUGAGUAUUUUUUCACAUUUUGGAGAAGAAAUGAUAGCUUCCCUGAGGGACUUGAAUCGUAAUAUCGCCAAAGAUUUUGAUAUGAGUUGUGAGCAAACAGUUAUCACCGACUUCUUUUCUAAAUAA